UCCUCAACAUUUUACCGGAGAAAAGGAGUGGGUCUGGGUGCAUAGUCAGAAUAGCAACGUACUACGUCUGGGAAUAUUCGCGCACGGUAGAGAACGCGCCUCAGAGCUCCUCAGUUUUGAAUACAAUUUGUUUUGAGGGUUUACCAAGACGUAUUCAUUUUAUGUAAAUUAUUUUAAUAAAUGCGGGGUUUUCUGAGGUGGUGGAGCCGCACUGCACAUAUCCAACGAGUUUCAAUUCAACAGUAGCCUAACGACCGACUGCUAUUCAUGGAUGGUCUUCUAAGGGCCACACUUCAAGGCUUUGUUUACUGUGGUCAUAACUCCACCCAAGGCUCCUGUGUGCCUUGUCAUCUGUACAGCCUAUUACUGUGACACGAGCCUGGCCCGCCAGACUGAUAGCAAGAGGCAAGGACGAGCUCGUGAAUAACCACAGCCUGUGUAACCAAGGUGUCAAGCAGGUCCCCUGUGUGUGAUGCCCUCUUGCUAGCAGGUCCCCUCCCAGAGUGUGAUGCAUCAUGGCUCCGGUGCUCAGUGCCUUGUUAGGGCCGGGGGUCGUGGGGUCAGGGGUCUCCAUGGCGACAUCGUUAGGCAGCGAGCCGCUGGUCCUUGUGGUCACCCUGAUGGCCAUCUCUGCCAUCGUGCUUCUCUCACUGCUACUGCAGCUGUGUGCCAGCUGCCAGGGGCAAAAUAAAUCCAAUGGCCGCCCAGGAGACCAUGAGAACCUCAUGAAUGGAGUAUCUGAGAGAGAGACGUUUACCGGAAGUCAAUCUGUGGACAGCCCAGGGACUGACCUAGUGGUGAGCAGUUCACACAACGGCCCACUAACCAGUGGUACAGUGUUGACAGACACCCAGGACAGCAGUCCCCAGCCCUCUGAGGAGAUGCUGUCCAGCCAGUCAGAGCUGCGGAGCUCCAAGUGUCCCCAGGACCGUGAGCUUCCCAGCAUCCCACCCAACAGCGCCCUGGAGGGGAUGGGAUCCUCCAGCGAACCCCCUCUACCCGUCUCUGGAGACGGCACCUACGAGGUGGUGAAGGAGAGAGGCGGCAUCUUAACGGCGUCCCGUGACGUGAGCGUUGAAGACUCCCUCUACGAGACGGUCAAAGAGCUGAAGGACCAUCCAGGGAGCCUGGCUGUAGGUAUACCCAACGGACACGGUACUACGUCCCCCUUCAGCCCCGAUGACGACCCUCACCCUCACCACCUCCACAACCCCCUACCCCCUUCCCACCACCGUCCAGCCCUCCACAAUGGCCACCUCAGCCCCUGCAGCACUCCGGAGCGGGGGCCCCUGUGCGCGGGAGUGGAGUACGCCUCGGUGGAUCUGAACAAGAAGAGCCGUUACAGUGCAGACCUGGAGGCCAGGCGCUCAGCCACCAUCACUGCUGCUGUAAGCCCCACAGAGGAGCCCGAGGAGGAGGACAGACCCCCGCCUGUACCUGACAAGGUGCUGGAUGAGAACGACAACCAGCCUACCAUGAUGGACGCAGGAGGGGUGGUGGUAAUGGGGGCAGCACUUCACAACGGAGAGUUACUCUCUCCCUCACCGGGGCUUCACAACCAUGUGCUGUUGGAGAACGAGCUGUCAGACAUGUACUCCACAGUGAGGAAGACACACCUAGACGUGGAGGAGAAGGAGAGUGACUACAGCAGCAUCGCUGAGAUCAAAGGUCUGGUCCCUGAGUCGUCCUCCAGUGAUCUCUACGCUACUGUCAGGGACAUCUACCCCCAGCUCGGAGAGGGGGAGUCAGACCCACAGGGACCCUCUGGGGACCUCCAGGAGUCCCCUGCAGAUAGCAUCGACCCGGGCUACGAGAACAUCUGCCUCACUAAGACUGGUAAUGGAGAGGACUUGGGGCUGAGGAACCAGGUUCAGGAGCCAGACUAUGAGAGUGUAGGUGAGCUGGGCCUGGGGUUGAACAGGGAGAGUUCCCGUCUCUAACUGGGUAGUAAAGCUACAGUGCGGGGCCUAAACCUGAGCCUCUGGGGCCUCACCCUCAACCCCAGCAGUUAGCCUAACUCCUAGCCUCACCCUCAACCCCAGCAGUUAGCCUAACUAAUAGGCUCACCCUCAACCCCAGCAGUUAGCCUAACUUAAUAGUCUCACCCUCAACCCCAGCAGUUAGCCUAACUCCUAGCUUCACUCUCAACCCCAGCCAUUAGCCUAACUCCUAGCCUCACCCUCAACCCCAGCAGUUAGCCUAACUAAUAGUCUCACCCUCAACCCCAGCAGUUAGCCUAACUAAUAGUCUCACCCUCAACCCCAGCAGUUAGCCUAACUAAUAGUCUCACCCUCAACCCCAACCAUUAGCCUCACCCUCAACCUCAGCAGUUAGCCUAACUAAUAGUCUCACUCUCAACCCCAGCAGUUAGCCUAACUAAUAGUCUCACCCUCAACCCCAGCAGUUAGCCUAACUAAUAGUCUCACCCUCAACCCCAGCCAUUAGCCUAACUCCUAGCCUCACCCUCAACCCCAGCAGUUAGCUUAACUAAUAGUCUCACCCUCAACCCCAGCAGUUAGCCUAACUAAUAGUCUCACCCUCAACCCCAGCAGUUAGCCUAACUAAUAGUCUCACCCUCAACCCCAGCCAUUAGCCUAACUAAUAGUCUCACCCUCAACCCCAGCAGUUAGCCUAACUAAUAGUAUCACCCUCAACCCCAGCCAUUAGCCUAACUAAUAGUCUCACCCUCAACCCCAGCCAUUAGCCUAACUCCUAGCCUCACCCUCAACCCCAGCCAUUAGCCUAACUCCUAGCCUCACCCUCAACCCCAGCCAUUAGCCUAACUCCUAGCCUCACCCUCAACCCCAGCCAUUAGCCUAACUCCUAGCCUCACCCUCAACCCCAGCCAUUAGCCUAACUCCUAGCCUCACCCUCAACCCCAGCCAUUAGCCUAACUCCUAGCCUCAGACUCAACCCCAGCCAUUAGCCUAACUCCUAGCCUCACCCUCAACCCCAGCCAUUAGCCUAACUAAUAGUCUCACCCUCAAUUAGCCUAACUCCUAGCCUCAGACUCAACCCCAGCCAUUAGCCUAACUCCUAGCCUCAGACUCAACCCCAGCCAUUAGCCUAACUCCUGACCUCACACUCAAUGCUAACCAUUAGCCUAACUCCUAGCUUCACCCUCAACCCCCGCCAUUAGCCUCACUACUAGCCUCAACUUUACCCAGCAGCCCUGAUGACAGGAACACCACCUCAGGGCUCUGAACUUCAACCUUCAACCCUACUGCCCAUCAUCACCAAUUCAGUGUUUCUGCCCACUACCCCCUCAGUGCAGUUUGGGUGUGCCCACAGCCCAGCGAUAUUUGACUGAAUUAGCUAUAAUCUUAACUCUCCAUCAAUUCAUGGGGCCCUUAAAUUACAAUGUACGCACUCUGGGUGCUAUCAAAUCAGUAUCUGAACUAUGAAAUCACCGUCCGUUUUCAAGUUAUUGGCGUCCGUCCACUUUGUGAUGUCGCUUCUCACUCUGUAUCAUGGUGCACAUCACAUCACUGAAGAUUGAAGGUUAGCUACAUUAUCAACGACUGCUAUCAAUGUGGGAAGGAAGGCCAAUAUUUCUACAUUAUCCAUCACCAUCAUAAUUAUUUCCUCAGACUAUAAAAUAGUACAUUUCUAAACAUUUCUAACCAGUCAUUACGAAUUCAGUUCAUUUUACAAGGCUGGUGACAAGCUGACUGGCCAGUGACACUUUGUCAGUGCCUUGUGAUUGAAAACCAAUGAGUUUUUGUGCCAUAAUGUCGUUCUAUAAGGCACUUAUAAAGGUAUGAGUAGAAUGUUUCCCCACAAUGUAAUGUCACUGUUUAUAUAAUCUGUUCUCCCUUCCUAGUGCAACAUUUCAUUCAGAACAUCAUGAUAAAUCAGAGAUAUGAUAGAUAUGUGUACUUACAUACUAUUGUGAAAUAAGUAGCCUCAAGUCAGGCAGUUUAGACGGCUGAACUCUAAAUGGGACGGCUUGUUUUAGUUUCAAAAACAUUUUUGAUUUGAUUUACAUGUCAACUUUUUUUUAUUUUUUAAAUCAAAUUCCUAUUUAUUUGAAGAUGGUGGAUCAUUGUGUGAUUAAGGGAUAUCAGGAAGUGUGUUUGUUCAUGAGGGAAACUUGAAAAGGUUUUGUUCUGUACAUAGGAUAAACACAUGAAUACGUGGGUUACCAUGGUAAUAAAGUAGUAAAGGUACUCAUGAAUAAUCCAGACUUUUUAAAAAGGACUUAUUCAUUCAAACAAAAGACGAACAAUGGUGAGACCAUAUCUAUCAAUGUUGUUGUGAUUUCUUGUGUGAAUUGUUCAACUCAGUUGUUGUUUUCUCUAUAUUUCUUCCCAUGAUUCAAAAUGUAUUUAAAAGACUUAUAUUCGCUCAAUGUGACAAUAUGCAACAGCAAAACGGUGUGUUAAUGCAGCUGUAUUGAUCAAGGUGUAUAAUAUGUUUGUAUGGCGUGUUUAUGCUUACCCUGUAGGUACGCAAACUAUUGAUACGGUGGAAAAGGAUUUGAAAGCACAAAGUGUGAAAAAACAUUAUGCUACUGCUUCUGUACAGAGCUUAUAGCAACAACAACAACAUCAUACAUACAUAUAACCCAUCAUGUGCACAAUUAUAAUAUCAAUCAAUAUCAAUAACUUAACUAUUUGAACAAGCACUAUUAAGGUAGCAUGUGCUGAUGACAUGCUAACCGAGGGUUGUAUAAAGUUAGAGUACCAUUUCAUGAAGUCGGUUCAUGUAUGAAUUUGCAAAUGGUAAAGUAUAUUUUGUAGUAUGUAUGCAUGUGAUUUGGACUGCUUAAUAGUGGCUAUAAAAGCACAUAGAGUACAGUAAAACCAUGAUGUCAUUUUAAGGGAAUACAUUUAGGCUAGCUGUAAGUAUGCCCUUACUCAGAGAGUGACCUAACUAUUGUUGAAAAUAUAGUGAUUGAUUGAAUGGUGGCGUAUGACUGUUUGGGAGUUCUGUAUUCUGUUUUAAUAGGUCACCAUCUCAUUGGUUAUUUUGUUCUGUUGUUUUAUUCAAGUAUGGUACAUUGUGUUGGUACAGGUGUUUUAAAAACGGAAAAGUCAAAGUUGGUACUUUUUAUUUUUUUAAAGAAAAGUGAAUGAAUAUUGUUGUUUGGUGUUUAUUUUCAAACUAACUGAGUAAGUUGUGACUAAAUAACUAGCUAUUGCAAUGAUGAUAUCUGCAUUUGACAGUUAAACAAUAAUACUAUCUUAGUUUUCCUCCCAUUUCUCUGUUAUCUCAAUAUUGCACAUUAUUGGUGUAUGCAGAGUGAGUGAGUGGAUUUCAUUACACAUGCAUGAGCUUGAAUGAGCUUCUUGAUGACAAACCAAGCGCCCAGGUUGACUGAUAUUAUAUUCACAAAUUAAACCCAGUAAGGAGAGAAAGGACAGUUCCCACUAAAUUAGCAACAAUUGAUAGACACAUUAAAGAUGCUAUACAUUUCAGAUGUCCUUUAAAGCAAGGGCCCUGCAUAUGAGGUUUUACACACAUUUUAUAGAGUGUAAUUGUCAUUUCAUUAAUGUUAAAUCGCAAAAACAUGACCUUUUAAUGACCAUUGUUCUCCCCAACAGAUUCCAGAUGAGUUCAUGUAGCAGGAAAUGCUUUCAUUUAAACCUAAUGGUGUCUAUGGAAAUGCCAUAAAAGGCUUUUAACAAACGAUCUGUCAAAUAGGAACAUUAGUGCCAAAUCUCACAACCAAAGGUACCACACACAGACGAGCGUACGUCUGGCAUGGAGAGGAAGCCCAUCAUAGCACCCUCUCAUGCAGCCCACUCUCUAAUAAUGAAACAAUACAUUCUCAACAAGCAGCAGAGAAUUCCUUACUAUUGUCUUUCAUCAUGGACCCUGUGUCCCAAAUGGCACCCUAUUGUCUCCAUAGGUCACUACUUUUGAACAGUCAAAAGUAUUGCACUAAUAAAUACUAUAGGUAUAGGGAAAAGGGUGCCAUUUGGGAUGCAUACAGAGCCAUGCUUUCUUUGACAGUUAUGUGCACAUCUGUCAUAAGAUUCUAUCUGGUUUCCUGUGUAUGCAUGAAAAUAUUUUAUGACCAUAAUUUGAAAAUAUUAAAAGAU